AUGAGCGAAAGCUUGAGUAGUCACACCAAAACAUUGACAGAGUCUAUCGAUUCUGUAUCGACUGAAGAGCCUUUGAUCCAAGACCGUUGGACGAACAACAUAAGUUACAGGCAAUUGGUCAUUUCCUCUUGUAUUGGUAUCGUUCAAGUAUGGUGGCACCCUUACAUACAUGAUUUCAAGCGUCUAGUGCCUUUUCUCUUUAUAUAUAAUGUGUUUAGCGUAUUCUUUGCGUAUCCCGCAUUCUAUCUGGAACUCGCUUUAGGAGUUGCUACAAGGAAAGGUGUACUGAACUGUUGGGACAUGGCUCCUGUUGCUAGAGGUAUUGGUAUCGCAAUGCUAAUAAUUAGCACAUUCACUGCCUUAGCGCUAGGGGCAGUGAGUGCCUGGUGUCUCGCGCUAGUGGUACAUUCCUUUCAUUCCUUCUUACCGUGGCUUCACUGCGCUGCGUCCGCUUACCCACCAUGCGCGGCCAGACAUAGACCACUUCCUAAAGGAAGUGAAACGCCUGCGCAGUCAUUCUUUUUCAAUUUUAUUUUAAACCUAAAACGCGAUGGAUUGCAAGGUGGCCUCGGUAAUGUGGUAUCUGAGCUAACGAUAUACUACGUUAUAUCAUGGGUCCUGGUUUACUUCGUGUCGUGCAAACGGAUAUACAGUUAUUCAAAGUUGGUGCUGUUUAAAGAUCUCAUUGCUUUCUUCGUGCUGGUGACGUGCGCCGCAGGUGUGAUUAGACUGAAGGGAUCAUCGAGAAUGUUCUAUGAAUGCGACUGGAGUGUGCUCUAUGACGGUUUACAGUUAUGGCGCGAUGCUUUAGAAUAUUGUUUCGUACAAAUGGUAUUGUCUCAAGGUACUUUGGUAAUGCUCGGGUCAUAUUGUCCGAAACAGAAACAUGGACUCGCGAACACGUCGAUUUUCGCGUUCACAGUAUCAAAACUUAGCUCUACUGCAAGUGCACUAACACUUGGAGCAGCUCAUGGGGCUUUGUAUAGAGACUACGAUAAUAACACUAAUAUUUGGAAAGGUUCGUCUUCGUCAAUAACACUAUGGGCUGAUUAUGUAACAAGGAUCCCGGGGAAUCAGUUUUGGUCCACACUUAUAUUUUUUACACUUUACGUACUGUCGAUUUCCUCAACUGCUAUAAUAGUACAAACAAUAAUGUCAACAUUUACUGGACGCUUAGUACGCAAAAUCACAUGGGCUUUCCUGAUACUGAUCUGCGUGUUGUUUUGCUUCAUUGGUAUUAUUACUAUAUGUACACAGGGUGGAAUGUAUAUCCUAAAUUUUCUAAUGAUGUGGCCGGUUUCAAAGUCCCGUACGCCUAUAGCGGCGUUUGUCGCUUUAGGUAUUACCUACAUUUAUGGACAGACCACGUUUUGUGAAGAUGUUUACUUUGCUGUAGGAGAAUACCCUUGCGUGUUCUUAAGAGUUUGCUGGGCUUUAACUCCUUUUGUGCUAUUGAUUAUGUUCGUAUCGGGGAUGGCAUCUUGGUCACUAGCGGAUAUUAUGGCUGGUUGGUUACUAGUCAUAGUUACCUUAGUUUCAGUGGCCCUUUACGUAAUUUUGUACCUGUUUUUCAAAUUUCGAGUUCGGAAUAUUGUAAGUAACGAAAAAUAGUUUUUUAUGUUAAUGUUGUUAACUAUGUUAUACCUACUAGACAAUAAAUGUACUUAAAAAAGC